UGACCGAUAACGUUCAAUUUCCAAAAGUUUCCUUGCAUUCUCCUUAUCUUCUUUCUCCCAAAAAGUAAAAAAUUCGCUCUGUGAAAUAUUAAUAUUUAUCAUGGUUGCAUCUCAGUCCAAUCACGACAAUACUCCCCAGGCCAAAGAGCAUGCGACUGGGAACAAUCAUGGCAAUACACAUGCCGUGGUACCUAAUGAAAAGAACGCGAACAUUCUGAUUGGCAUGCGGGACGGCGUCACAGGGGAAUUUGCUCUUUUCCCCCGUCAAGAGGCAAAGAUUUCCGUCUUCGACUCGAAUUUUCUUGUCGGUGAUGGCAUAUGGGAAGGAAUCCGCUCCUACAACGGUCGCAUUCAAUUUGCACGGGAGCACAUUAAUCGCCUCUUUCAAAGCGCAAAAGCAAUGUAUAUGGACCUUGGAAUCUCCAAAGCCGGGCUGCUCGACCUCAUCCAUGACACCAUCGAUGCAAACGGCAUGCAAGAUAGUAAAGACGUUCAUAUUCGACUUGUCGUAAGUCGAGGCUUAAAAUCCACUCCAUACCAAAAUCCUUCAGUAAACAUCGGUCUUCCCCUGAUCGUCAUCAUCCCCGAAUACAAGAAAGCAGACCCGGCGUCAAAGGCCCGCGGCCUGCGGCUGAUAACAUCGCACAUCCGGCGGGGCCCGCCUGAUGUCAAAGAUGAGAUGUGGAACCACAUUUCAAAGGCAACAGACAUCCAAGCCUGUAUUGGUGCAAACGUGGUGGGCGCAGACGAAGCAUUGAUGCUCGAUCCUCAUGGAUUUGUCAAGACCUGCAACUCGGUCAAUCUCUUCAUUGUACGAGACGGAGAGGUGUGGUCGCCAACACGAGCGUAUCAGAUGCAAGGCAUAACCAGAGCAAAGACCAUAUCCCUGUGUCGCGCGAACAAUAUCCCCAUUGUCGAAACUGACUUUACUUUGACCGAGACUUAUGGCGCUGAUGAGGUAUUCUGUACCGGUACCUUUCCAAGCCACAUUCCUGCACUCGAGGUUGACGGACGCAUAAUAGGCGAAGGGAAACAAGGCCCUAUCACAACCAAGUUGCAACAGCUCUAUUCGGAGCUUGUCAAAUGGGAUGUCGGUCGUUCAAGAGAGGAAAUUCGCAAAGAGCUACAAUGAGCAAUGUCA